UCAUCUUUACUUUCGAAAAACUCCAUUAAUGGUUAGUGGUUUCUUCUCUGUGAACAUUUUUUCUCCAUAAUAGCGACAUAACUGAAUCAUCAUAAAUAUUUGAUUUCGUCUUUAAAUUCAAUCAUUUGAGUGAAAAAAAAAAGUAUUUGAUUAGAAAAAAAUGGCGAGAUUCGUACCGGUGAAGUUUAAGAGAGUAGCGGCGGCGUUUGAUGAGGUGGCGAAAGCGAGGCUCUGCGAAAGCAGCGGCAGCGAAUACUCUCCGGCGGCGGCGGCGAGCUUGACGGAUUUAUCGGGACUCGUGAAUUCGUUUUUAGAAAGAGGAGAAGAAGAGAUAAUUAAUAAUGAUGAGAAUGAGAAAUUAGAAGAGAUUAAUGGAAAUGGUGAGAACUGUUUUGAUGAGUUGGAAAUUAAGGAAAAUUUGAGGAAUUUGUUAGGUAUUGAAGAAAAUUCAAGUGAUGAUUUGAAGAGAAGUAUUAGUGCUGCUGUGGAAAAUGUAUUGCUUGAAGAGAAUGACCGGAGUUCGCCGGAGUUUAAACGGCGGUUGAUGACUCGAUUGCGUGAUCGAGGCUUUGAUGCUGGUCUGUGCAAAUCAAAGUGGGAAAAAUAUGGAAAUCGUACAUCAGGAAGUUACGAGUAUAUCGACAUUAAUAUGGCUAAUAAUCGCUACAUAAUCGAGGUUUCAUUAGCCGAAGAAUUCGAAAUAGCUCGACCAACGGCUUGUUACACCUCAUUACUCGAAAUUUAUCCUCAAAUAUUUGUGGGGAAAAUAGAAGAAUUGAAGCAAAUAGUGAAAAUAAUGAGUAGAGCUAUGAAGAAAUCUAUGAAAAAAAUGGAUAUUUAUGUUCCGCCAUGGAGAAGACUUGCUUAUAUGCAAGCUAAAUGGUUUGAAUCUUAUAAGAGAACAAUUAAUGAGUUUAAAUCAGAUGAUAAUUAUCAGAAGAAUAGUUUUGAUUAUUCUUCUAAUUAUUCAAAGAAGAGAGCUGUUGGAUUUGUGCCAAUGCCAACAAUUUCUUUCUAUUGCAGAGAGAAUAUUAUUGGUUCUAAUAAGGGCAUUAAAAUGGGAAAUUUGGCUGCAGCUUUGAAUGGAUGAUAUUUAUGAAGAAUGUAAGUUUUGUUUCAUUUGUUAUAAUUAGAAAGCCAUUCUUGUGUAGUAAUUAAGUUCGCUUUAGUUUGCUAUUUUUUCUAUUUUGUAAUUAGUUAGGAAAGUUGCAAUGUUGUUUUAGUGGAGAAAAAAAUACGAGUAAUAUAGUUCUCCAAGUUGGUCGAGGGUUUUAAUUCUUGAUCUCAUUUUUUUAAUCCCUCUCUAGUAAGUAAUUAGUAUGCUGCAAAGCAAUUUGUAUAUAUGUUAUGUACUUAUGAUCGAUCAAGUAAUGGAGAAUAUUCAAAAAUAU